UUGAAGGAAGCUCCGAAACCAGCGCUCGCCGGUGGGGUUCGAGCGUCGGACGGAGGAGGAAGAGGAGGAAGAGGAGGAGGAGGAAAAACAGCUUUCUAAAGUUGAUUAAGUUCAACAACAACAACAAAAAAAUGGCUUGCGAAGGGAACGACGAGAGGAUCGGAGAAGCCCUGAUCAAGGAAGUGAUCGAGGAGGAGCUGAAGGAGGUGCCUUCGGAGGAAGUCCCGGCCUUCACACCACUAACCAAGGAAGUAAAGACCGAACAGGAGAAGAAAAUUGUAGUACAGCUGGGUGCAAUGAUCCGUAUCAUCGGAGACCGGGUCAAAGAUGACAGGGAGUUCCAAGAUGCUAUAGAUGGGAUGGCUAGUGGGCCGGGCUGCAUGUCGACGAAGUUCGGCCAGCUGGUUAACAAAGUGUUCGAUCAUGGCCAGAUCACCUGGGAAAGGAUCGCCGUGCUGUUCUACGUUGCCGGCAGGAUGGCUGUCAGGUUGGUAGAGGCCAAUCUCCCCCAGUCAGUGCCGGAGAUCCUGAGGUGGAUUUUGAAUUAUUUUCGAACCACUUUGCUGGGCUGGAUUCGGGAUCACGGAGGAUGGAUCAACAGUUUCUCCGCGUUGGCUUGCGCACCCAUGAAUCGCGUGUCCACGAUGAACUCGCACACAUCCGGCUUCAUCAUCAUUUUCAUUGCCGGCGUGGCUCUCGGAAGCAUCAUCACCUGGAAGCUGGCCAAAGCGACCUAAUGGGGAAGAAAUGACAGGACCACAGACAGGAGUGGAUUUAAAUCCGUGCAGCAUUCACCGUGUAUGACACACUUCAAACCUGAAUGGUUUAUUCAAGACAGGCAACCACAGUUUCCUUGAAGAAGAAAGUCACUUUAUUUUGUCAUUGUACAAUUUUUCGGUUACAAUGAAAUUCGUGUUCUGCUUUUAACCCAUCCUGUUGCAUAGGAGUGGAUAAGAUAAAUAGAUGAAAUAUCUGCCCUGUGUCUGAUUCCAGACGCUUUAACUGUUGAUCAUCAAGAGAGAAGCCUCCACCUGCUCCUCUGUGGUUAGCAGGCGUACAAUCAGUUUAUUUCGAGGCAAACACGAUGACUGAAAAUAUAGAAGGACAAACUAAUGGCGGCCUAUAUAAUGGGUUCAUAUUACAGUUCGGAAACUGUCCACCAUAGGAGCUAUGCAAUUAUUUUUUUUUUUAAUAUCAAAGAUAUAAGAUAUAUUAGUUUGGACCUUUCUCUUCUAGAGUUUACUAAAUCAGUGUUUAUGGAUUAUGUGAAGGCUGUCUAUAUUUUUAAUCGAGAAAGUGGAUCAUUGUAAUGGAUUUGUCUAUGCCAUAUUUUUUAUAAGACUUAAAUAAACAUGACUUGGCAAUAAAGAGAUUA